UUCCACUCAGCCACACUCCGCUGUUGUCCACCGUCCGAUGCGUAAGUAUCCCACAGAAAACUCAUCUUUUCUCCAAACGGAGACGCAGAGCGCCGAGAUGACCGCGGAAGGCGCGUUUUUUCUAUCCUGAUGGUUCAAAGUAGCAGGUGCCGGACUGAUUCGACUUUAUAUGCCUGAGAGGAUUGUAGUCGGUCGCCUUCUUUGCAAGACACAUCGGCAUCGACCUGCUUGGAGACUAAAAUGAGGGAGAAGAUGUGGAUAUUUCGGAGUGCAGACAAUUCAAAGUGUGUUUUUUUUAUUUGGAAUCAGUGGUGUUUGUGUUACGCAGCCGUGGUGUGUUUGCUGUUCUCGCCUGUCAGGAUGGAUGACGCCUGCCCGUCGUCCUGCAUCUGUGCCAGAGACUCGGGGACAGUGACCUGUCGUGAUGGGGAGGACUCUGACGUACCAAGAGACAUACCGGAGUGGACGUCCACCUUGAUACUCAAGGGAAGAAACAUCUCAACUUUACAGCGCGGUGCGUUCAUGAUCAACGGCACGGAGUUGGAAAUGACAACACUGUCGUUGUCCUAUAACGGGAUACAGGCAAUUGAACCUUACGCCUUCCUGGGACUCACCCGGUUGCAUUUGCUGGAUCUGAGCCACAAUCAGUUGGAGUCUAUCUCGGCCAGGGCUUUCCACGGGUUACUAGAGCUGCGCUCUCUUUACCUAAAUCAGUCUAUUUUAGCCCCGGCCACGACGCAGCUCUCCAAUGCGCUCAGCACACUAAGUUUACGCAACCUCCACAGGCUGGAGUUGGCGGGAAACAGCCUGAAGUCCAUACCCCUAAUGACAUUAGAUAUCUAUAAUCUGCACGCGUUAGUGCUGAUAAAUAACUCAAUAGAGAGCAUGGAGUGGGAAAACGUGACCAAUUUGUACCAGCAAAAGCGCUUACGCGUCUACUUGUCUUUAAACCCGUUUCGGUGCAACUGUGAACUGGAAGCGUUUUACUACUGGUUGAAGAACUCAUCCCAGUGCCCGGAUGCAGGGCGUCUCCUGUGCAGCGAGCCGGAGGGCAAGAGGGGGAUUCCCGUGGAGAGGCUCCGGAGAGAGGACGUGGAUUGUAUGAACGAGAACCUUGAGGCGGUUUCAUACGUGUUCCUCGGUAUAGUGUUGGCUCUGAUUGGGGUGGUGUUUCUCAUGGUGCUGUAUCUCAACCGUGGGGGCAUCAAACGGUGGCUCAACAACAUCCGAGAGGCGUGCCGAGACCAGAUGGAGGUCUACCAUUACCGUUACGAGCAGGACUCAGACCCGAGGCUGGCCAACGUGGCUGUCUAACCCCUCUGAAACGUCCGACCAGUGCUGUAGAAGCAGAGGACAGGGGAUCCGAGCUGAAAAAGUACUUCAUCUAAAAGACCCUGGUAGUGUCCUGUCACAAUCAAAAUCAAUAAUUUAAAAAAAAGUGUAACUUUUCAGCAGCUGGCCAAUGAACUGGGAUAUGCAAAGAGCCAAAGACACUUAAAUAACAAAGAUACUGUUAUUGUAUAUAUUGUACAUAAGUAUCUCCUCAAGACAAGAAUGCAUUUCAUGCAUCAUGUCAAUUUGCAGUCUGCAGCAGUUUGUCAGACUAACUUAGUAUUAUUUAUCUUAUUAACCAAGUGACAAAUAUACAGUGACGGUAUGAAGCUUUCUAGUUUGAAAAGCUGGAAUGAAAUGGUGAAUCAAUGUGAUUACUGAAAACUGCAGCCCUUGCAAACGGCUGAAAACUAAUAGUCUGCAUUCAGGAAACCUUGCAGGGAAAACAAGAUAUUCCUGUUUCUAAUCUACUGUGGGAGGGAGUGCAUAAUUCAAAGGGUGAGAGAGAAAAGUGGUAGAGAAGGGGGCUGGGGCAGGUAAGAUGAGGAAAGCAUGUUUGUUGGAGUGCCAUGGUCAUGCAAGCAGGCGAUGCUGGAGUAAACUGUCAUGUUUAAUCAUCAACCACAUGGCAUAAGUUGUCUUUACACAGGUGUAUCCUUUGAACACCAGAUCGGUUUAUCAGUAAAGGGGCUAAAACAGAAUCUAACCAUGCAUGUGAUUGUUGUAGGCGUAGAAAACCAACUAAAACAUCAAUAAAAAGGUCAAAUAAAAAAAAAAAUAA